UGAAAUUGUACGUGCGAAAAAGUCGUUUUGGUGAUGAGUUGAAUUGAAUGAAACUGAUCACGAAACUGAAGUGAAAUCAUGGCUGUGUUCACGACUUCUUGUCAGGAAUUGCUUCUGAUAAUAAGUGGACAUUCAGCUAUCAGAGCCGAGGAAGUAAUAAAAGAGGAGCUUGUUAAUCACAAGAAGAAGUUUAUCGAGGGAGUGCUAUUUUACAAGAAGCACAAUGAGCAAUCAGAGAAAAAGCUCAAGGAUGAGAAGGCAAUCAGUGAACUUGAAAGAAAAUUUCUUCUCCAGGCUUGUAAAUUCUUGGAUUUGGAUGCUUUGCAGUGCAGAGAAUUGUUUGAUAUGUACCUCCUCUGUGCUUUUCGUGGGACUGGAAAACAACUUCAGGCCAUACUGAAAAAUGAAAGAAGUGUUCAAGCCUUGUUGCUCAAACUUUGGGAGUUCUACCAUGAAGACAGACUUCAUCUCCUUCAGUGCAUUAAACACCUUGCUAAUUUCUGGCAGGAUACGGAUCAUCCUUAUCAGGCCCAGUAUUCAGAGUUUGUGGAGGAUCUGCUUAAAAGUGAUCUGAUUGAAAAGCUUCUAGCCCAGUAUGAAGACAGAUUCGGCUCCCUUGCCCCGACCAAGGAUAAGGCCGGCCCCCUUAUGACGGACAGACAUCAGGUACGAUGGUGUACACAGAGUCUCCAUGAACAGAGUGAGCUUCUAGGAAUCAUCUUGCUCUUCUUACACGCCUCGCUGACUCCGACGGAAAACCUCUCAAGAGUCAUCAACCUCUUUCAGCAACAAGGUUUUGGUACUAGACAACCUUACAGACAUCUAUUAGAUGCUGAAGAAAUGGCACAGAAACUCUCAAACAAGAUGGAAUUCUUAUGCUGUGUUAUAGUACUAGAAUGCAUGGACCUGUUUCCACUGAUGGCUUUAGCUGAUAAGAGCAGUUUAGAGAAUCAUCCUCUUAUUGCCAACCAAAAAUUAACAAAGGAGUUUUCCAGCGCUGUCCAGUCGCUUGGUCAAGCAUCCAGUCACACCCCCAUCCAGCUGGCUUGGAUGGUCAUCCACACUGCCGCCUGGCCAGGCAAGGACACUGCUCUCGUAAGAAGGUUAGGAAACCAGGCUCUUCGGCUCCAUGUCUUCAAAUACCUCACCUUUGGUCUGUCUAAGGCUCUGCCCGAUGAAAACUCAGUUGAGUCAAUGGCAUGUCAUUCUGUCAUCUAUUCCCUGAUGUCUGUUGUACUUAAUGUGUUUCAAGAAGAUUCACUUGGAGGAGUACAGGAUCUGGUCCACCUAUCCUGUGAGUUUCUAUCUCAGCCUCAUCUUUGUAGAGAGUUUUGGAGUGCGGACCUAGAGGGUGGAUUCGCAGCUCUACUCCAGUCUUCAAUGGCAUCCUUUCCACUGGAAUUCUCACUGCCUAUGAAAUUCCUCAAGGCACUAUCAACAGAGGGCAGCAAACAGAUCUACCAGUUGAUAGCCCACCUACCAGCUUUCACCGAACCACUGGACAAUAACCGUAGCUCUGAUAUAGAGACUUCUAAAGGAGACAACGUGUGGAAACUGGUCAAUGAUAAGGUCGUUUGCAAAGCAGGAAAGCAUUCUCCAGGAUUUGUGAUUCCUGCAGGAACUCUUGGCCAGUUGGAGCAGAGACCUGAUGGUCCUCCUCUAAUAACGUGGGAUGUCGAUUACAGUGGUUUUCAGUUGUUCCAGUGUGUCUUAGACUGGUUGAUCAGCGCUGCACCCACAACAUCGCCAUCAGACACGCUGGUAGAGCAGGCUAAGGAUGUCAUCGAUCUGAUAGAACAGAUGCUGCAAUCUGAUUGGUCAGUGUCAGAGUACCUUCAGCCAAUCACAGACUGUAUACUGCCCCUAUUAUCAAGCUUGGUUCAAAUCCAGCGGCCACCUCUGCAUCUAAUAGGAUCCUGUGUAAAGUGUCUCAAUACCAUGGCCAAAUAUGACCCAGAUCAGAUAUGGCAAUCUCUUCAGAAUACUGGGUUCCUACCCCACACAGGCACAUUGUACACACAAGUGGGACAAGCGGCAAGUGGUGAGGGUGUGUUUCCCGGUACCUAUGGGAAGGUUGCACUAGAAUGGGAGAAACAAUAUGGUAUCUACCCUGUCACACUAGAGUUCAUCAAGCUAGUCAAUACACUCAUAGGGGGACUUGCAUCCAGGAGCAUAGGAGUAGCCACUUCCCAGGACCUCCUUGCCUGUGUCAUCUUCUUACAACGUGAUGUCUUCACAACAUUCCAGAGGUGGCGCUACACAGACUUCAAGGACAAAGAGAAAAUAGGUUUGAGUGUAAUGGAAGUAUUCCAUGUCGUUCUCCAUGUCGUUCCCACAUCACCAUCAUCCAAGAAACCUCACAUUCAUGAUGAGAAGCAAGAUGGAGUGUGUGUUCGAGAUGCUUGCAUCUAUGGUCUGUUACACACAGCAGCAGGUCAAUCUUUACUCACCAUCGCUGCUACUGGAGUGGAUACUAUUGAACAGAAACAACUAGAAAGUGGAAGUCUCUUAGCUAGUACCCCAGACAGCCAGCUAGUGAAGCUCUCCCUCUCCAUCCUCAACCGUCUCCUCCUCCUGAAACCCCAGCAGGAUCCGUCGAGCUCCAGGUCCUCUCCGACCCACCCCUCGCCCGAACAGUGCCCUCUAGAGGUUGCCCUGACCUCCCAUUCUACCGGCUUGCCCCACCAGCCCCAUUUGAUUGCCGUGAUUGCAGGGUAUAUCUACCAUCGGCAGGACCCACGCCUCCCGACGCUUGCUGUACUGCUUCUCAGGAGAUUGGCACAGGUUGCGCCCAUGUCAUUGUUUGGUUGCCUUGGUAACCAAGCUCCAGCUUUCCGAGAUGCUUUUCUGUUCAGGCUUCAGACUCAUUCAGAGGAUAUUCGACUGAGAGUUGGUAUUCUAGAGCUUCUAGCUGUGUCUGCAGAGACUCAGCCAGGGUUCAGUGAACUCUUCCUCAAUCUUCAACCCAAGAAAGAUGAUCCUAAAGGAAAGAAGAAGAAAGAGAAAGGAGACGAGAAACAGAGCCCAAAGAAUGAACAGGAACUUGAAAUUGGGAAGAUAAGUUGUCUACAUGCUGUGCUUGACAUCUUAGAAGAAGACAAACAGGGCACCACCCAUUCUCCUCCUGAUCUUCACUGUGCUGCUCUAGGAUUCCUUCAAGCUCUUUGGCAAGAUAGAAGAGAGACAGCACUUACCAUCCUAAGGAAAAGGCCUAAGUUUUGGAAUGAUGUUACAGCACCCCUAUUCAAGGAUCCACCUGCUCCUAAGCCAGACUCACAGGCAACCAGUUCUGUGAUCAAGAUUCGUGCUCAUGCAUUGAGGAUACUAUCUUUAGAAUGUUUCCAUGCUGGACACUCUGGUAUACCUAAAGAGUUGGAAGCUGUUCUGAAGAAGCUGGAUGAAAAGAACAGAUUCCAGUUUUGGUCGAAGUACAUUGGUGAGGUACUACAAGCCUAUGCUCCUACAAACGUGGAUGUUGAAGAGUACACAUUGAGGGAACACGAGGGACUGGUCCUGCUACAAGCCUGGAGGACAGUUCUUGUAGUAGCUGCCUCUUCUAACUAUCCAGCUUUAUCUAUCAAUGAACCUGCCACAAGGUCUACCAUCCUGAAUGACUUGGUCACCGCCAUCCAUAAACAAGCUCAGAAUCUAGACUCCAUCUUCAAUGCCAAGGCUCUUGCUCUACUCUCAUCAGUCUACCUCACCCUGGUUACAAAAUGGACAAGCAACCUUAGUGGCCAAUGGUCCAAGGUGAAACUACUGGUAGAUACACUGGAGGCUAUUCUAGAUGCGGAAGACACGCCCCUCUUGCGUCGUUGUCAAGCAGCCAUGAUGGGUGCCCUCACCAAUGUCUUGAGGCACAGACGCUUGGGACAAACCAAGGAUAAACAGGGUCUUGAGAUGUCACUGGUGGAGAGACUUCUUCCUCCAAUCUGUGUUGCAUUACAGCACAGCAAGUCAUAUCAUCAUCCUGCCAAGUCUACUACACAACCUCCCACCCAGGAAGUUGCCCUUGACAUAACAAUGGAAGACCUUGACAGGACUGGGGCAGCAGAGGAACUCCGAAUUCAUGGUGACAAGGUUGCCAAGACUACCAGUACUCCUCCGAUACAACUUCCGGUCAUUGGUGCUUAUCUCUUAGAUGAGGUUCUCUUGAAUCAGGCUGAUCAAGCGGAGAAGUGGAUGCCUUUAGUGAGGGAACAUAGCGUGGUUUCAUUACUUCUUAGUACCCUUCAAGCAUGCUUACAGGCAAGAAAGGGCUUACGUUAUGUUGAGGCUGUUAUGGUACUUCUCAAAGAUCUAGCUGCCAUUCCACUUGUUGCCGAAGCAGUACGUAUGACAGGUUACAUCCAACAUACCUGCCUCUCGUUAGUAUGGCUCCAUGAAAACAUCAAUGAACAAGAUUAUACAUGGACCAAGAAGAAAAAGGGUGAGAAAGCGGAUGGCACAUCAUGGCUGACCGUCUAUGUAGAGUCAAUCACAGUGACCGCUACCCUGCUGUCCACUCUCAAUCAUGCCUUCUUGACCGAUGCACUGGACUUCUUUGGGGUACAUCGUGAAAGAAUGAUGAAGUGUCUGGAGUCAGUAUACCUCUUGCAAAGCCCCCUUCAGCUGGAGGAGGCACAAGCUACCACCUCCCUGGUAUAUCAGCUCGCCCACCACACCCAUCAGUGGAGGUUCCACAUGCCUGCCGAGCUGGCCCUUCUGCAGGAGACACUAGCUAGGCUCACACAGAGCUGUGUGGCACUCCUGAUAAGACCAAGGCUACUCCAGCAUAUGCUUGAGAAGAAGACAAAUGCCAAAGAUUCUAGUCAGAGUCAUGCGGUAUCCCAGAUAAUGCAUACAAUACCCAGGAGAUUACUUCAACACCAGGUAUCCACCGACCAAUCAGAUGCAAGCAUUAGUGACGACGCCCAAGAUGUGCAGUCAAGACUUUUGGUGAUCAUGGGGAGGAUAUUGGCUUCAUUCCGUCUCUUUAGUCCAGAUCUUCUUGAAUCACUGCUGAACCAGAGCCUUGAUGUAUCCGAAUAUCCAAUGCUCUACUGCCUUGGGUUCAGCACACCCUCUCUUGACCAAAAGACACCAGCUUCAUUUGGAACACUCAUCUCCUGUAUUAAUUGGUGUCUCCAAAUGCUUCCAAAGCUGGACGUUAACAAAUCUCCCAUGAAGGUUUCAGAUCAGAAAAAUGUCCCAUCCUCUUCAGAUUCAAAGGCUUUGCAAAGGCCAGCGCUGCUAUUUGUACUGGAGAAUGCUGUUCAUUUGAUCAUGGCUCAAGGGAUGAGGACGUUGAGAGAUCCUACUGUUCCAACCAGAGAUAGACAACUACUUAGGAGAGAACUGGGUUCAGAAUUGAAUACAUUCCUGAUUAGUCUACAGAGGUACUUCCGUCGGGGCAAGCCUGGCUCCCCUUCCGAUGCGAGCCCCGGAACCUCUUCUGCCCGUCUUGGAACCAGCUCGGCAACUUCCGUGAUGAGCAAGGCCUCCCUGAAUGCUGCAUUCACUGAAGCCAAGGAACAACUCUUCUUUAAGGUCGUCCAGACGUUUGUUCAACAGUUGAGUAAAUGAUUUUAGAACUUUCGUGAAUUACUGUUCUUAUUUGUGUGUUUCAUAAUAAGUUUAUCAACAUGAGAGGCAUGUGGGUUGACCGCUUUUCCCUUCAUACAUACAAGAAAGCAUGGGCCAUGGGAGUAAGAAUUGAAUGUAAUCAAAAAAAUAUUAAAGUGAAAGAUAAUCCGAACCGCAGGGAAGACUAAAGAUGAAUCAACAGAAAUGUACUAAGAAAACUUACACUUAGUAACAGCGUUCAAAAAUUUUCAAUUACUUUGAAAGAAAAGCAAUGUAAAUUGCAUAGUGUCGAGUACACUUUUGAAGAUUAACGUGUAUGAGUGACAUCACAGUAACUUGCUUGCAUGAACUAUGAAAUUCACACAUUGAGGACCAAAUAUGCUGAAGCAUAUUAAACAGGGGAAAAGGAUAUAUAUCUGAUGUCAAAAUCUGUCUCUUCUAUGUCAAUGAUUUAUUCAUUUUGUGAGUAUUAUAGGAGAAUAGUGAAUCUGUUAUUGCAUGUCUUGAAUGUAUAGGGAAGGAAGCAAAUUUUCUGCAAAAAACAGAUUGUGUUUCUAUUGAUAAUCUAGAUUUUUGAUAUGUUUCAUUACAAAAUGACUGAAAUGUUUCAAUUAAUGCGAUUCACAGGUAGAGGUUUACAUGGUUGUGUAAGAGAAACAGUUUAUUUAUAAUUCAUUAUUCAUGGCAAUGCAUGAUGGUUUGCUUUCGUAAAAGCUGUCAAUGUCAAGAUAAUGGCUUCGCUUGUGGAUGCUUAGGUGGAGAGGCUCACAAAUAUAUAUAUUUUUUUCAAGUCAGUUUCUUUCUCAUCUCCUCAAUUAUAUCAUGGAAUGGUACGUUGUAGAUUUUGGGGAAUCAAUUUUAUUAAUUGUUCAAUUAUGAUGUCUAACCUUUUAGGGUGAAUUUAAUGACCAGGAAGUUUGGUGCUAAGAAAUAUUCUGAUCUGCCAAUUUAGGAUGUGUAAAGAAGGUCUUGACCAUCAAAUUUUAGUCUGACCCUGGGGCUGUUUCAUAAAACCUAUUGCAAUAACAAAUUGACAAUAACAGUUAAAAGCUACUGAAAUCCUUCAAUCUGAUUGGUUGAUAAUUUCUUUUUUUAUAAAUUGUCCAUUUG